UUUGUAUGUGUGUGUGUGCAGAAGUGAGAUAAUGUUUUAGAAUUUUUAGUGGUCCUCUUCUUUAGCAGAACACUCCUAGGGAAUAACACAAGAGGAUUCAGAAAGCGUUCAAACUUUGGACUGGACAAACUCAGAAUGGUGCUACAUGGAAACUCUGGACCUACUGACUUUAGAAGAUGGUUUGUUCUCUUGAGUCCCUCCACUGUGGCUGUGGUCUCAGUUCUCAGUUCCUGCUUGAUCACCAAUUCUCUUGGAGAAGCGGAGAAGGAGCUGAGGCUGGCAGACGGUGAAGACAGGUGCACUGGGAGAGUGGAGGUGAAAGUCCAGGAGGAAUGGGGAACUGUGUGUAAUAAUGACUGGGGCAUGGAUGAGGUCUCCGUGAUUUGUAGGCAGCUGGGUUGUCCCACUGCUAUCAAAGCCACUGGAUGGGCUAAUUCCAGGCCAGGCUCUGGACGCAUUUGGAUGGAUCAUGUUUCUUGCCGAGGGAAUGAGUCCACUCUCUGGGACUGCAAACAUGAAGGAUGGGGAAAGCAUAACUGCACUCACCAACAGGAUGCUGGUGUGACCUGCUCAGAUGGAUCCAAUUUGGAGAUGCGGCUGAUGAAUGGAGGCAACCAGUGUUCUGGAAGAAUAGAGGUCAAGUUCCAAGGACAGUGGGGAACAGUGUGUGAUGAUAACUUCAACAUAGAUCAUGCUUCUGUGGUUUGUAAACAACUUGAAUGUGGAAGUGCUGUCAGUUUCUCUGGUUCAGCUAAUUUUGGAGAAGGUUCGGGACCAAUCUGGUUUGAUGAUCUCGUAUGCAGUGGAAAUGAGUCAGCUCUCUGGAACUGCAAACACGAAGGAUGGGGAAAGCAUAACUGUGAUCACGCUGAGGAUGUUGGAGUGAUUUGCUUAGAUGGAGCGGAUCUGAGCCUGAGACUGGUGGAAGGAGUCACUGCAUGUUCAGGAAGAUUAGAAGUGAGAUUCCAAGGGGAAUGGGGGACAGUGUGUGAUGAUGGCUGGGAUAGCAAUGAUGCUGCUGUGACAUGUAAGCACCUGGGAUGCCCAACUGCCAUCACCGCCAUUGGUCGAGUUAAUGCCAGUGAAGGAAGUGGACACAUUUGGCUUGACAGUGUUUCCUGCCACGGACACGAGUCUGCCCUCUGGCAGUGCAGGCACCAUGAAUGGGGAAAGCAUUAUUGCAACCAUAAUGAAGACGCUGGUGUCACAUGUUCCGAUGGAACAGAUUUGGAGCUAAGACUUGUAGGUGGAGGCAGCCGCUGUGCUGGGACAGUGGAGGUGGAAAUUCAGAAACUGGUAGGGAAAGUGUGUGACAGAAACUGGGGACUGAAAGAAGCUGAUGUGGUUUGCAGGCAGCUGGGAUGUGGAUCUGCUCUCAAAACAUCCUAUCAGAGUUAUUCCAAAACCAAGGCAACAACAACAUGGCUGUUUUUAGGCAGCUGUAAUGGAAAUGAAACAUCUUUCUGGGACUGCAAGAAUUGGCAAUGGGGUGGACUUAGCUGUGAUCACUACGAGGAAGCUAAAGUUACUUGCUCAGCCCACAGGGAACCCAGACUAAUUGGAGGGGAUAUUCCCUGCUCCGGUCGUGUUGAAGUGAAACAUGGCGACACAUGGGGCACCGUCUGCGAUUCUGACUUCUCUCUGGAAGCUGCCAGUGUGCUGUGCAGAGAAUUACAGUGUGGAACAGUCAUCUCAAUCUUAGGGGGAGCUCACUUUGGAGAAGGCAACGGACAGAUCUGGGCUGAAGAAUUCCAGUGUGAGGGACAGGAGUCCCAUCUUUCACUCUGCUCAGUAGCCUCCCGUCCAGAUGGGACUUGCGGCCACAGCAGGGAUGUUGGAGUCGUCUGCUCAAGAUACACGGAGAUCCGCUUGGUGAAUGGCAAGUCCCCAUGUGAGGGAAGAGUGGAGCUCAAGAUACUUGGGACCUGGGGAUCCCUCUGCAACUCUCACUGGGACAUGGAAGAUGCCCACGUUUUUUGCCAGCAGCUCAAAUGUGGAGUUGCCCUUUCUACCCCAAGAGGAGCACAGUUUGGGAAAGGAAGUGGUCAGAUCUGGCGGCACAUGUUUCACUGCACCGGGACCGAGCAGCACAUGGGAGAUUGUCCGGUAACUGCUCUGGGUGCAUCGCUCUGUUCUGCUGGACAAGUGGCCUCUGUAAUCUGCUCAGGAAAUCAGAGUCAGACACUAUCCCCGUGCAAUUCAUCAUCUCCGGACCCAACGAGACCUACCAUUCCAGACCCCAGUGCUGUUGCUUGCAUAGGGAGCGGUCAACUUCGCCUGGCAAAUGGAAGCGGUCGCUGUGCUGGGAGAAUAGAGAUCUACCACCAGGGCUCCUGGGGCACAAUCUGUGAUGACAGCUGGGACCUGAGUGACGCCCACGUGGUGUGCAAGCAGCUGGGCUGCGGAGUGGCCAUUAACGCAACUGGCUCUGCUCAUUUUGGGGAAGGAACGGGGCCCAUCUUGCUGGACGAGGUGAACUGUAAUGGAAAAGAAACUCAUAUUUGGCAGUGUCGUUCACACGGCUGGGGACGCCAUAACUGCAGGCAUAAGGAAGAUGCAGGGGUUAUCUGCUCGGAGUUCAUGUCUCUGAGACUGACGGAUGAAACCAGCAGAGACCCCUGUGCGGGGCGUCUGGAAGUUUUCUACAAUGGAGCUUGGGGCAGCGUUGGCAAGAGUAAUAUGUCGGCAACUACUGUGGCGGUGGUAUGCAGACAACUGGGCUGUGCGGACAGAGGGACCAUCAGCCCUGCAUCUCUGGACACGUCGUCCAGGCACAUGUGGGUGGACAACAUUCAGUGUCCGAAAGGACCCGACACAUUAUGGCAGUGCCCGUCUUCUCCAUGGAAACAGAGACCGGCCAGCCCUUCAGAGGAGACCUGGAUCACGUGUGCUAACAAGAUAAGACUGCAGGAAGGAAGCUCUAAUUGUUCCGGACGCGUGGAGCUCUGGCAUGGAGGUUCCUGGGGGACGGUGUGUGAUGACUCCUGGGACCUUGAAGAUGCGCAGGUGGUGUGUCGACAGUUGGGCUGUGGCCCAGCUUUAGAGGCCCUAAAAGAGGCAGCAUGUGGUCAGGGGACGGGGCCCAUAUGGCUCAAUGAAGUCAAGUGCAAAGGAAAUGAAUCUUCCUUGUGGGAUUGUCCUGCCAAAGCCUGGGGGCACAGCGACUGUGGGCACAAAGAAGAUGCUGCUGUGAGGUGCUCAGAAAUUGCCGUGGCCCAGAGAUCAUCAACGGCUGCAGGUCGCUCAUCGCUUGUCGUAUUUGGGAUCCUUGGCCUCAUUCUGUUGGCCUUUCUCGUUGCUCUCCUCUUGUGGAUUCAGAAGCGAAGACGGCGACAGCGGCUCACAGUUUCCUUGAGAGGGGAGAAUUCUGUCCACCAAAUUCAAUACCGGGAGAUGAAUUCUUGUCUGAAAGCCGAUGAUCUGGACGUGCUGACUGCCUCAGAAAAUCCCAAUGAGUCAGAUGAUUUUAGUGAUGCUGGGCUAAUUUCUGUGUCUAAAUCUCUUCCUGUUUCUGGAAAAAAGAAGACCAUUCUGCUGAGGUGCACUGAAAAGGAAAAUGGGAAUUAUAACCCAGGGAGCCUUUAAGACACCUUGAUGAAGAAGACCUGAACUAUUGAAUAGAGCAAGAAUCCCCCUCGUCCACUGAAGAUUACAGUACGUUCCUGUAUCUCCUCGUAUCCCAAAGAAGGCUGCUGAAUUUGUAAAAAUUAAAUUGGUGAAUGUAACUAUUCAAAGCUGUUUAUAAGACUGUCAAAGGGAUUAAAUAAAAAGGAAUAUUGCUAAUUUGAA